AUGUCCACCUACUCUCUUUCUCUCCUCGCCUUCCUUUCUCUCAUCCUCACCACCACCGCCACCACCAUCGGCGUCACCUACAUCUCAUCGCCGGACCUCCCUCCGCCGGAACACGUCAUCAACCUCUUCCAAUCGCUAAAAAUAACCGCCGUACGUCUUCCUGUACCAAACCCUAGCAUCAUCCGAGCAUUCAGUUACACUAACAUCUCACUCUUCAUCUCCAUUCCUAACUCCUUAAUCCCUGCCAUCGCCGGCAACCGCUCCGCUGCCGACACGUGGCUUUACAAUCACGUCAUCCCGUACUAUCCUCGCGCACACAUCACCGCGAUUUCCGUCGGAAAUCAUGUCCUAUCUCAAGGUAACGUUACGUAUGCAAAUCUACUGAUUCCGGCGAUCCGCAACGUACAGAGCUCUCUCACCGAUAUCGGAAUCCGUCAGAUCAUUGUUUCAACGACGUUUUCGUUCAUUAACAUCAUGGCGACGUCGUUUCCGCCGUCCUCGGCGCAGUUUCAGGAUCCGGUGAGCCGAUUUCUUAUCAAGCCGUUGCUCGAUCUGUUAAAAGAAACGAAUUCGUCGUUUUUCGUGAGUUUGUAUCCGUACAACAUGUAUAAACGACGGCCGGAGAUACCUCUCGGAUUCGCUUUGUUUCAGGAAAGUAGUUAUAGUUUCAGAGAUGAUGCAGUAACCGGAGUUAGAUACAGAAACUUAUUUGAUCUAAUGGUUGAUUCGGUGAUUGCGGCGAUGGCAGUUGCAGGACACGAGAAUAUUCCGUUAAUUGUAACGGAAACAGGAUGGCCGAGUUACGAUUCGACGAAUGAGGUGGAAGGACGUCAAUUUUACGCGGAAAUGUAUUUGAGAGGAUUGGUGAAUCAUAUAAAGUGUGGUAACGGAACGGCGCUAUGGAAAGAAGGAUUGAAGGAGGUUUACAUAUACGAGACGUUCGAUACGAAUGAUACAGUAGGAAUAGUGCAGAAUUGGGGGUUUUGUUAUCCGAAUAUGAGCAUGAAGUUCCGAAUUGAUUUCAGUAAUGGUGGCGAUCGUCAUAUGAGGUUUUACUAUUUCUCAAUUUUGACUUUCUUGAUGAUCGAUUUUUUUGAUAAAUGAUGAUGAUCUG